AUGUCUUGGAACACAAUUGAAUCGGAUGCCGGUAUAUUUACGCAUCUUGUGCAAGACCUAGGCGUCUCAGGAGUUCAAUUUUCAGAAAUAUCGGUGCUGGACUCAUUAAAAGAUCUAGCAGGUGUCUUGUAUGGGGCCAUAUUCUUAUUCAAGUACGAUGCUUCCGAUUAUUCUAAAAGCGAGCCUAUGCAAGGAGCUUACGAUCACAAUUAUCCAGACUCCCUCUUUUUCGCCAAUCAGACCAUCCAGAAUGCUUGCGGAACUCUAGCAGUGAUAAACACGCUUUUAUCACUAUCUAGUGAUUAUCCGGAGGAAAUAAAGCUGGGAAGCACUCUCUCGGAAUUCCUGAGCUUCACUUCGGCUUUUAAAGAUUCAGAGCUUCGUGGCGAAAGUAUUUCGAACUCGGAUCAGAUCAGAAAUGUCCAUAACUCGUUUUCGAGCCCUGACCCAUUUGUGAUGGACGAAAAGCCACAACGUCCGGAUCGCGAGUCAGGCGAAAUUUUCCAUUUUGUGAGCUUCAUUGAGCAUGAAGGUGUCCUGUAUGAACUAGAUGGGCUUCGUCCUGUCCCCAUCGUCCAUCGUGAAUUCAAUAACGAUUCGCGUGACAAAUCUCAAUUUGCUGAGAACGUCAUAGAGUUACUACAAAAUCGUAUGGGCUCGAUGCUAAACUCCAAUGGCAAGUUUUCUGUGAUCGCCAUACACAGAGAUACUUUAGACUAUUUGCAUGAUUUAAAGGAAGAAGGAGCGAUUACUGAUUAUGAUUACGAAAUAGGGCACGCACAAGAGCUGAACAAAAGAGAUGCGUGGAGCAAAGAAAUCUCCCUCAGAAGACAAAAUUUGUAUGGUUUAGUUUUUGAGCUUAUGAAACAGGUGAGUGGAUCAAUGACUAACCAGGAAUUUUCUGAGCGGGUUUCCGAGGCUCAAAAGACCACUCAGGAGCGAUUGGCUAAUUAUCAAGGUCGCAGUUGA